GUUCCGCUGCCGUCGCGAUCGACGGCCUCAACAGUGUUUGUGCUGUGUGGCCUGAAACCGAAUCUAAUGCUACACCAGUGAAGCUUUGUAUGCACGUCACUCGAUCGGCGAUUGGAGAACGAACGGUUUGAACGGAACCCCCUCGUGUGCCUCGUGUCACUGUGGACACAACCGUGGUAGUUUUCGCGUAUAUCGAUCCAAUCGAACAUUCGCUUCCAUUCGUGGUGAGAUCUCGAUCGUCCAGAGGGAUCCCGCUGCUGUUGUGCGUAGGCCGUGGGACAACGUUUUUAGGGGUGACAGAAGAAAAACUUUCACUUUUGCCACUCGAAAAAAGGGUUUAAAUUUUGGACGACAGCCACGCUACCGGUUUGUUAGUUUUGUGUGAGCUGCUUGUGCGAGUGGGCAGUAGUGAAAUGGACAUUCCUGUAUUUCGCGACAGUGACGAUCUUCGCGCGUGCAUGAGCUAAACCCCGGAGCAGUCGUUCAGUUGCCCUCUAGAGCAACACCAGAAUUCGUGGCACCGUCAACUCUACACACCCUACAAACGCAUAGAAAUUCGACACCGAGGAUUAAGAAACGAUGCCUAUCUGCACGCUACCUACGGUGACCAUUUACGAGGACUUUGAUAAGCUUAGUGCUAAGGAAGUGUACUUCACGGAGUCGGGCGAUAAGGUGACGGUCAAGCUGUUGCACUUUCCUAACCUCAGCCCGGAAGAGCAGGACCAUUUGAAGACCAUGUCGGACAGCGGUGACGAGCAUGGUGCGGGCAAUGGGGGAUCCGCCGGUGCAGGAUCGUCCAGCGAGACGGUACCGCGCAGUCGGAAGAAAUCCUUCACCCGCAAACUUUCGAACGAUGCCCGCAAAUUUUCGGCACUUACCAGUCGCAAGAAUUCGAAGGACGCUGAUCUGACCGCACAGAACAUUGCCCCAAACCUAGCGCCUAAUCAACAUAUGGGCGGACAGCAUCAUCAUCAUCAUCAUCACUAUCAUCAUCACCAUCAUCAAUAUCAGCAGCAACAGCAGCCGAAAGCACAUCAGAACAGCGGUACAUACCACCAACAUUAUCAGCAGUCGCUUCAGCAGCGGCAUCGAACGCAGAGUUCGUCGCAUUCGCAACACCACUAUCAGAAUCAGCUACCAAUACUGCAGCAUCCGGCGGCAGAUGCCGGAAUUGGCGGCCGGUCAGAGCAUGUGGGUGGUGGUGGCAGUGGCUCGUUGCGUUCCCGGAUGGGUGCGAACCGGUCACCCUCACCGCGCCAGUCCGCCAGUCUCUGUCCGGGGUACGAGCAGUACCAGAUGUCCCUGCUGGAGGUACCGAUGCCACGUGAUUAUGGCGAUGCAUCGAGUGAUGAUCUGAGCUCCGAAUGGGACUCGGACGUUCCGGACGUUCGACAUGAAUCUGGAGCGAAGCCUUCUGGAUGGCGUAAGUUACGUAACAUCGUGCAAUGGACACCGUUCUUCCAGACGUACAAAAAGCAACGUUACCCGUGGGUGCAGUUAGCCGGACAUCAAGGAAACUUCAAAGCCGGACCAGACCAAGGAACGGUACUCAAGAAGCUAUGUCCCAAAGAGGAAAAAUGUUUUAAGGUCCUGAUGAAGGAUGUCUUGAGACCUUACGUUCCCGAGUAUAAGGGACAAGUAAACAGUGAAGAUGGUGAAUCAACGUAUAUACAGCUACAGGAUUUACUCAGUGACUUCUACCAGCCGUGUGUCAUGGACUGUAAAAUAGGCGUCAGAACCUACCUGGAAGAGGAACUGUCGAAAGCCAAAGAGAAGCCGAAACUUCGAAAAGAUAUGUAUGAGAAAAUGAUACAAAUUGAUCAAAAUGCCCCCACCGAUGAGGAGCACCGUGCUAAAGGUGUCACAAAGCCACGCUACAUGGUGUGGAGGGAAACCAUUUCCAGUACGUCUACACUCGGAUUUCGAAUAGAGGGUAUUAAAAAAAGUGAUGGAACGAGCUCGAAAGAUUUCAAAACGACAAAAUCACGAGAUCAGAUCUGUGAAGCAUUCCGUGAAUUCGCCGACGGGUUUCCUCAUGCAAUGCCGAAAUACAUCCAGCGAUUAAAGGCCAUACGAGCGACGCUGGAAUAUUCGGAGUUCUUCAAAAGCCACGAAGUGAUAGGCAGCUCAUUGCUGUUCGUCCACGAUCGGCACAAGGCAAGCGUCUGGUUGAUUGAUUUUGCCAAAACGGUCGCACUACCGGAGAGCGUGGCAAUUACGCAUGACAGCAAGUGGAAGGUGGGCAACCACGAGGAUGGAUACCUGAUCGGGAUCAACAACCUAAUAGACAUCUUCAGCGAGGUGCACGAUCGUCAGACAGUGCAAUCGCUCACGGAGCGAAUACCAAGGCUUUCGUUGCCCGACGACAGCAACGGUAUCGAUGAGGACUUGCAACGUCACGACGAAUGCAAUCUGAACGAAGAGAUCUCACCUACCACUUUGCCCGCCGUUUCCAGCCGAUGUGGCGAUAAAAUCAACUGCGUCAAUAACAACAACAAUUACGACUGCAAACCAGAUGAUCAACAUCAGCAGUCGGUGGGUGGCGACCCUUCGGACAGUACGGGUUUGUGUGACUAUGUUGGAUCCAAUUCGGGCUGAUAUGGGCAGCCGACAAACGGGCGUAUGCUGUCAAACAAGGACUGAAACUCUCAGCAAAGUGUCUUAGCGAAAACUGUGAAACAUUUGAUGACUAUUCCAGCCAAGGCAGUUCUAGCUGGCAGACUAGCAAUAUAAGGAAUGGAUGAUACAUCGAUGUCGAAUUAUUGUCUAAGACACGUAGCUUCAUGCGUUGAAUGAGCUCAACGCUAUCCAUUGUUUAACCUAGCGAGUGAGAAUCGGUUGUUUAAUUUAUAAAAUACUACGAUCAAACACAAUUAGCAUUAGGAUAGAAUUAUAGCGUUAUUUACAUUAGCUAAAGUUGGCACAUUUUAAUACAUAUCUAUGAUGAAAACUAUU